CGAGCGAGGUCUGGCGCUGCGCAUAGCAGUCGUGCCAUCGGGAAAAGACAAUAUCAUCCGCGCGCUGAGGAGACACAUCAGAGCCCCUCAGGCACAGCAGCUCGAGUGGUCGUCUGAUAGAGUGACUGAUACACAAAGAGGGGGGGGGAUCAGGAAACAGGAUAACAGAGAAAUAAGGAUCAGCUGAUUUCCUUAUGUUUGGAUGUGAGCGCUCAGCGAUCGUUAAUGCGUAACGCUCAACACUCCCUCAUGUGAGGGUGUAGAAUGGAAACAACCCUCUACCCAGGCACCGUGGUGAAUACUCCGAGGGUCCCCAGCUUCUAUUCCCAGAGCACGAUGAUGAAGAAGGAGAUUAAUCUGAACUUGGACGACCAGAACUCCGAGCUCAAGACGAACCCGCUCCGAGACACAGACGGACUCCUCAACUCCCCAGACUUAGGACUCCUGAAGCUCACCUCCCCGGACCUGGAGCGCCUGAUCAUCCAGUCGAACGGUCUGGUCACCACCACCAACCCGACCUCCCAGUUCCUCUACCCGAAGUCGGCCAGUGACGAGCAGGAGUUCGCGGAGGGUUUCGUCAAGGCGCUGGAGGAUCUCCACAAGCAGAACCAGCUGAGCGAGGCGGGCUGCGUCUCCGUGGACAGACUGGAGCUGCUCGGGUCGUCCAACGCGGUCGGGUCCGCCGGGCUCCAGACAUCAGACCUCCCUGUGUACACUACUUUGAACGGGUAUGCGGCCAGUCCGCUCGGAGGCACCACCAUCAACUACUCCACGGACACCAUCCCCUUCCCGCCGCCCCCGUCUCAUCUGGCCAGCGCGGCGCAGCAGCAGGCGGCCGCUGCGGCGGCUCUGUCACGACUCCAGUCCGCCGGUCUGGUGAAGGACGAGCCGCAGACGGUACCAGACAUGCAGAGCUUCGGGGACAGCCCGCCCCUGUCUCCCAUCAACAUGGACAACCAGGAACGCAUCAAGGCGGAGAGGAAAAAGCUGCGGAACAGGAUAGCCGCCUCCAAAUGCCGCAAAAGAAAACUGGAGAGGAUAUCUCGGCUGGAGGACAAGGUCAAGAGCCUGAAAACACAGAACACCGAGCUGGCGUCCACAGCCAGCGUGCUCAGGGAGCAAGUGGCCCAGCUGAAGCAGAAGGUGAUGAACCACGUCAGCAGCGGAUGCCAGCUUUUGCCAAACCAGGUCCAGGCUUACUAACCCCCCGUCACGGUGCUCUUUAUGGACACUUCUACAGCUCCAAGUGUUCUCUGAGGACAUAAGGAACAAUUUGCCUUUUGUAAACCUAAAGUCCUUAUCAGAGACUUGAUAUGAGGCCACUGUAAAUGCACCCUCCAGAUAAAGCCUGUAACCGAGACACAGAACAGCCACACGUCUCGCACUGUGCAGAUGAACAGGCCUCGAUGAGAGCUGGACAAUGACAGGUUAACCAGCAGCAGGUGAGGUCAGCCUGCAGCCUCCUCUGAUUCAUCGCACUCUGGCAGGGCUGUGCGGCCAGACUUUGUUUUGUUUUUGGGAAAGCCAUGUAGCAAAGUGCUAUCCAGUGGACUGGUGAAGGAUAGUAUUUAUCUGUGUGUGUAAGCUGGACAAUCUCAACAAGAGUGCAACCAAACACCAGGGUGUCACCAAGUGCUGUCAUCCAGUGUAUAAUAUAAUGCCUUACUUGUUUACAAGCACUUAAUGACAAAUAUAUAUAUAUUUUAUUUACUGAGACAUUUCUUAUUUUACAUAUGGUCUUACUUAUUAUUGUUCUCCUUUUGUUGCCAAAAUGAACACUGCAUGUGUUGUCGCUUUUGUGUACAGUAACCAUUGUAUUUGUCAUCGUGGUGGCUGCUGUGUAUUCCCUUCAGUCGCCUCUUCCAUGAAUGUAUGUGUACGUGCUGAGGAACCUUAUGUAUCAUGUGUAAUGGACUUUAAAGUCUCGACCUGACAUUUAUUAAAAUUCACUACAUUACUAAC